AAAAUCGGAAAAUAAUAUUCAAAAUGACGCCAUUUUUUUCUUUCUAAUAUUUUUUUUUAUUAUAGAUCAAACGAUAACCAAACUCAUACACUUUAAGAAUCUCUUUGGUUUUUUCGUUUCACGAGCAGAACAGUCGCAAUCAUGGUCGUGUGCUCUGAUUUGAAGAGACCUUUUUCAGAAAAAAUUUGUAAAAAUAAUCUAAAAAUCAAGUUUCUAGAUCAGAAUCCUCUCUUAAAAUGCGUGAGCAUAAAAAAUAGUCUGUAUUCAAACAACAUAUCAAAAAUUGUGAUAUAAGACAUCUUUAAAUCGUCUUUUGGAUGCAAAAAACGUCUUAAUCCGAUUUUAGACACAUUUUGUUGUCUGAGUAGCUUCUUCCAACGUUCGUUGAAAUGAGUAUGAUAACAGAAGUAUGUUAGAACAUGAUGGAAUUUGUCAUACAAUCUACAUAAAAUGUUACUUUCAUUUCUAGUCUCUCCUACCUGUUCUCAUCAAUGAUGUAAUGAUCAGGCAAAGUUGAAUUCAGUCACUUGUGCGAUCUUAGCGAAAACACUGUAUUUAAUGUGUCUGUUAAAUGCAAAAGAAGAUUUGUAUUUAAUAUUUUUGUAUUCAUUGUCACAAACUUCAUUGAAUGUUCAUAUAUUAUUCAAAUUUUAUAUAGUAAUAAAUUUUCAUUUGCCUAAUAAUGAAUGUGAGCUCUUCACUGCAAAACCGCCUAGCAGUAAGAUAACGGAUUACAACUCAUAAUAUUUUUUCAAGUUAUUUUCUUUGAGAUAUCCUAGAAAUCCUGUUCCAACUAUUUUUUGGACAUUGAAACUAUUCGUCUAACUCUGUAAUGCGAGUGUUCGUGUAUCUUUUAUCCUUUUGUGGCUUUCUCGACUAUACAACAGCUGGGAUACUUGAUGUUCCGCAGAAUGUAUUUGAACAAGUGCAAACGAACAAGGAACAAUCAAAUAAUAGGUACAUUUCUCCUCAAGGCAAUCUUAUAUUACAGAUGAUAAGAAAAGCAGGUUACCCCACGGAAACUCACAUAGUACAAACGGAGGAUGGUUAUCUUUUAACACUUCAUCGUAUUCCACGUAAAAAUGGUGCACCCGUGCUAUUGCAACAUGCUCUUUUGACUACCAGUGCCGAUUUUCUUAUUCUCGGCAAGGAUAAAGGACUUGCUUUCAUACUGGCCAAUCACGGGUAUGAUGUUUGGUUGGGCAAUUUUCGUGGAAAUACUCAUUCAAGAGCACAUGUUUCAUUAUCUCCAUCGAAUUCAAAAUUUUGGAAUUUUAGCUUUCACGAAAUGGGCAUUUACGAUGUACCCGCGAUGAUUUUAUAUAUUACGAAAAUGACUUCGCAACCAUUGCACGCAUAUAUCGGUCAUUCAAUAGGCUCGACUGUUUCUUACGUAAUGGCAACGGAACGUCCAGAAAUUACUAGAAUGGUGCGAAUAAUAAUCAGUCUUGCACCUGCGGCUAUUCUGAAACGUGUAACAAGUCCGUUACGGUUGAUCUCCAUUUUCUUAGAAAAUACUCAGGAGCUGUUGCAGCUGCUUGGUAUAAACGAGAUUCUGCCGAUCAGUUCUACAUACUCCUUGACUAAGUCUAUCUGCAAUAUCAAUAAAGAAAUAUGCGCCAAUGGGCUAUUUUUUUUCUGCGGUUUCGAUAGGGAGCAAUUAAAUAAUACUUUGUUGUCUACAUUUUUGAGUCACAAUCCAGCUGGUACCUCGAUCAAAAUGGUACUACAUUUGCAUCAGAUAGUUAAUUCCGGGAAGUUUUGCCAAUACGAUUACGGUCGCAUGAAAAAUCUACAGAUCUACAAUACAUCCGAACCGCCAGAUUACAAUCUCGCGAACAUCACCACACCGUUCGCGUUGUUCUACGCCGAAAACGAUCCGAUAUCCACCGUCCCAGACGUGAAAGAACUCAUCAGCCUGUUACCUAAUGUAGUGGACGAAUAUACAGUGCCGUUUCCUAAAUUCAAUCAUCUGGAUUUCGUACUUGCCACAGAUGCACCUCGGCUUGUAUACAAUAGAUUACUCAAGGUCUUAAAAGUAGGAAUGUUACAUUAAUAAUUAAGAAAUUGCAAUUGUAUUAGGU